UUCUCUCACUCUUUCAUUCACUCACUUAUUUUUCUCUCUACCUACCUUAUGUACUAGCCACAUUUACUUCCUCUUUUGUAUGGUGAAACCAUCAUCAUCUAAACCUCUCUUUCGAAGAUGUGGCGGCACUCACUUUCGGCCGGAAUUGGCCUUUUAUGCCUUGCCGGCAACGUCUUUGCAAAAAAUGAGGCUAGCCCAAUCAACCCGUGUCCGAUUCGGUGCAGCAUUUCCGGGCCGAACCCUCUCAACUGGACCUACCUCCAUGGCACCGCCGCACUGAAGCGCUGCGAGCAACCCAUGCUUUUUGAUACAAUGCUGGAGACUAGCAUCGUUGACUCCAACAAACACAUCACCUUCCGGGCCUGUACGGCAUCCGAAGAGUCCACGAUCAAGACCGAGGACUACAAGCCUGUUCCCUUUACAUUUGGAACUCCCGAAGUUGAGAAGGACGAGGAAAUUUCUGCCCCAGCGGAGGACUCCGAGCCUGUUCCUACUCCCUCCGUCUCUACAGACUCGGAAAAACGCUCCCUAAGUACCAUCAAGUCGACAUGCGCAUCGGAUAUGCACAAGACCUCAAACUUGACCAGCGCUUUCUAUCAUGAAUGGGUGCCAGACGACAGCAGCAGAGUCGAUGGCAGCAUCAAUGACACUGCCUUGGCGAUCGAGACCCUCCAAAAGCAUUUAGACGCAGCCGACAAUUGCAAGUCAGCUAUCAUGUUCGCAAAGGUCCGCGAGUCCAUCUCAGGUCUCUUCAUCGGCUCUGCGGUAGACAAGAUGAGCGCUGUGCCCUUCAUAGAGAAGCUCGCUAGCAAGGUGCAAACCAGAGAGUUUUACGAAGCUGGUCGCUUUUCUGUCUCGAACUGUCAGACGGUGCGGCCCUCAGUCUGGAGAGUCGGUAUCAUUGCCGACCUCCAGGGCAACAUUACUGCUGUUCAGGAAGCCUUGGCUGACUGGAAAGAUGCCAAGUGCGCCAGGAGCCCAGAUCUCACAGUUGAAUGGGUGGACAGAGAGAUUGCGCUCUGGUCUAUCAAGAGUCCUCUGAACGGUACAGUUCUCAACGGGACAGAUGGAACCAGCAACUCGACCGCCAUCUCAGGGAGAGGAGUUUUGCAAUCUCUUCAUCGCCGGGCUGAGUGUCGAGCUGAGAGAGUCGAAGCUGGCGAUCUUUGCGACGCCCUGGCCAAGCGUUGCGGUAUCAGCACCACGCAGUUGAACAAGUACAACAGCGGCGUGAAGAACUUCUGCAAUACGCUCAUGCCCAAGCAGCAUGUUUGCUGUUCUGAAGGCGACCUUCCAGACUUCCGACCGAAGCCUGAUGCUGAUGGAUUCUGCUUUUCUGUCGAGGUCGAAAAGGACGUUGGAUGUUGGGAUUAUGCAGAUGCGCACUACCUCGAAACAAGCGACAUUGAGAAUUUCAACAAGAACACCUGGGGUUUCGCCGGCUGCAAGAACCUUCAACCAGGACAGAAGAUCUGCCUGUCCAAGGGCGAGCCUCCCAUGCCCAACCCCAUCUCCAACGCAAUCUGUGGUCCUCAGAAGCCCGACGGAGAGCCCCGCGGAAACAAGAACCUCACAGACAUGAAUCCGUGCCCGCUCAACGUCUGCUGUAAUGUCUGGGGCCAGUGUGGUAUGGACCCCGACUUCUGUACAGAGGCCCCUGCCGACACUGGCGCGCCAGGCACCUCUCAGCCGGGCAAGAAUGGCUGCAUUUCCAACUGCGGCAUGGAAAUCACCAACAACGACAAGGGUCCUGCUAGCUUCUCGCACAUCGCCUACUUCGAGGCCUGGAACAAGAACCGCCCCUGUCUGCACAUGGACGUCUCGAGCGUGGACACCAAGAAGUACACCCACAUCCACUUCUCUUUCCCUGAUGUCACUCCCGGGGACUUCAAGAUUGAUAGCAGCAAGCUGCAGGAUCAGUUCGAUUUGUUGAAGAAGAUGACUGGUAUCAAGAAAAUCGUGUCUUUGGGUGGUUGGGCCUUCUCUGCCGAGGGCGAUACCGUUCACAUCCUCCGCGACGCUGUCCUCCCAGCUAAUCGUGCCACCUUCGCGGCGAACGUCGUCCAGUUUGUGAACGACCAUGGUCUCGAUGGCAUCGACUUUGAUUGGGAAUAUCCCUCUGCUCCGGACAUCCCCGACAUUGAUCCGAGCUCCAACCCAAACGAAGGCAAGGACUAUCUCGAGUUUCUGAAGAUGGUUAAGCGUCGGCUGGGGAACAAGUCUGUCUCCAUCGCGUCACCUGCAUCCUAUUGGUACCUCAAGCAAUUCCCUAUCAAGGAAAUCGGCCAGGUCGUUGACUACAUCGUCUAUAUGUCCUACGAUCUUCACGGACAGUGGGAUCAUGGGAACAAGUGGUCGAGUCCAGGAUGCGAGGGUGGUAACUGUCUUCGUUCUCACGUCAACCUCACCGAAACGAAAACCUCUCUUGCCAUGAUCACCAAGGCGGGUGUUCCUUCGAACAAGGUGUUUGUGGGUAUCGCGAGUUACGGACGUAGCUUCCACAUGGCCGAGGCGGACUGCACAGGACCCGAGUGCACAUUCACCGGAUCCAGGACGGAGUCAGAUGCCAUGCCAGGCUUUUGCACAGAUACUUCCGGUUACAUCUCCGCCGCCGAGAUUCGUGAGAUUCUCUGGAACAAGGACAUGAUGGACGCUCGGGAGUGGCAUGACAGGGAAUCCGACUCUGACAUCGUUGUUUACAAGGAGAACGAGUGGGUGGCCUGGAUGAACGAUGACACCAAAAGUUCGCGUAUCGACCUGUACAAGGGCCUCAACUUUGGCGGUGUCUCUGAUUGGGCUGUCGACCUCGACAAGGAUUAUGGCGACAGCGGUAUCGGUAACGGCGACAGUGACGACUCAAAUCUCUCCGGUGGUAAAAACUGCCCCCUGAGCAAGACCUACAACGACCUCGAUGAGCUCGCCAAAGAUGACAGCGUGUCUGACGACUGCAAACCCGUUCUCGCCAUCAAAAUUCUCGAAAAGAUGCUCGACAAGUCUUUGGCCAACUACGAUGAUGUCGACAAUGGUUACGACAAGAACUUUGCUGCCUAUCGUCGUGUCAUGAAGGACUCCGCCAAGCAAGCCAUGGCCAAGUUCACCAGCUGGCACGAUGGCAAGUACAGGGACUACUUCGACUGUGAUAUCAAGGCGGACGGAACCCAUACCGAGAACUGGUCGGGCCCCUGUUCCGAGAUGAAGAGUCACAUUGCGGUUGUCGGCAUGAACAUCAUCAAACUCACUCUGAGGGACGAAGACGGCUUCUGGAACGCUGUAGAGGAAGACACUGGCUGCAUCGAGGACUGGAUCGAGUUCGACUCCCUCAAGAUCAACACGGAUCCGAACGAGAUUGCUCAGAAUUGCCCGCCUCCCGUCGGCACGAUCCCACAACCCUGCACGCCGUCGUUGAUCCUCUCAGUGGAGGGCUAUCCCAAGCUGAAGUCCGACUUUGAUGUCCCGGAUCCCAAGGACAUCAUCAAGGACGUCAAGACUAAUUUGGAUGAGAUUCGCACCAGUAUCUCGUCCCGGUUCUUCGACGUAGUCGCGGGGAUUUGGGAUGGUGGCAACAGUGAUGUGCUCCAGGUGUUUUCCGUCCCCAUCUUCCUCAUGGCGCAGGCCAUCCAGUCCAUGGAAGACGCCAAGGCAAAGGGCGUAUUUCUGAAAUUGUUGAUGACCCUUCCAAUGCGGGUAUGGCUGUCAUGGCGCUGCUAA